AUGACCUACAAUCCCGGUACCAACAUGACCUACAAUCCCAGUACCAAUGUGAUCUACAAUCCCAGUACCAAUAUGAUCUACAAUCCCAGUACCAAUAUGAUCUACAAUCCCAGUACCAACAUAAUCUACAAUCCCGGUACAAAUAUGAUCUCCAAUCCCAGUACCAAUAUGAUCUACAAUCCCGGUACCAAUAUGAUCUAUAAUCCUAGUACCAAUAUGACCUACAAUCCCAGUACCAAUAUGAUCUACAAUCCCGGUACCAAUAUGAGCUACAAUCCCAGUACCAAUAUGAUCUACAAUCCCAGUACCAAUAUGAUCUAUAAUCCUAGUACCAAUAUGACCUACAAUCCCGGUACCAAUAUGAGCUACAAUCCCAGUACCAACAGGAACUACAGUCCCGGAAACAGUAUGAUCUACAAUCCCAGUACCAACAGGAACUACAGUCCCGGAACUAAUAUGAUCUACAAUCCCAGUUCUAAUAUGAUCUACAAUCCCAGUACCAAUAUGAUCUACAAUCCCGGUACCAAUAUGAUCUACAAUCCCGGAACCAAUAUGAACUACAAUCCCGGUACCAAUAUGAUCUACAAUCCCAGUACCAACAGGAACUAUAAUCCCGGAACUAAUAUGAUCUACAAUCCCAGUUCUAAUAUGAUCUACAAUCCCAGUACCAAUAUGAUCUACAAUCCCGGUACCAAUAUGAUCUACAAUCCCGGAACCAAUAUGAACUACAAUCCCGGUACCAAUAUGAUCUACAAUCCCAGUACCAACAGGAACUAUAAUCCCGGAACUAAUAUGAUCUACAAUCCCAGUUCUAAUAUGAUCUACAAUCCCAGUACUAAUAUGAUCUACAAUCCCGGAACCAGUAUGAACUACAAUCCCGGUACCAAUAUGAUCUAA